UUAAGCGCGAUUGGUCGACUAGACAAAUAGUAUAAGCGGCAAAGUAAUUUCUUUUUAAACAAUUUUCGAGCAACUGCGUUGUUGUUGUCCGAGGUCUCGUCUCCUCUUUGAGUGUUAACCCAACAAAUCUCUGUUAUCAAUCACUAACUUUGUUUUGUGUUAAAGUAUUUUUGUGAGUGUUGUGUUUCACAUAGUCAUUUUGAUUGUUUGCUGCUUUUUUUUGCAAUUGAACAAAAAGGAGAAAAAAUCAUUGUACGCGGACCGGUUUAACGGAGCUCUCGAUCGUGUGCUUAUAUCAUCAUCGCGUAAAAUACCCACCACAAUCCUCAAAAUAAACAUUGUCGGGAGUACAAAAGACGUAGCUGCAAACCGAUUCGCAGAGAAGAAAAAAACCAUGAGGAUCUUUACGUGUAUUCUACUUUUUACCGUCUCAGUGACAGUUGGCUGGGCCGAAAACCUGUGUCUGGUCGAAAAUAAUGCUUUGGAACUACCAAAAACCAUACGGGCCGAUUUGUAUCGUGGACAAACAGAAUUCACCUUAGCCAUGCUGGAGGCCAUACAAAAGGCCACUCCCAAUGAAAACAUUUUCUUUUCACCCUACAGCACAUUCCAUGCCCUACUGUUGGCCUAUUUUGGAGCUGAUGGCAAAACUGAACAAGAAUUGGUUCAAGCCCUGCGUUUGCAAUGGGCCAAGAAUAAGAAACACGUCAACCGAGGCUAUCGCCUAGAGAAACAAAUGCGCUAUACUCGCUCCAAGAAAAUGCCUUUGGAAUUCAGUGCUGCCGAUAGAAUUUACUUUGAGAAGAGCAUCAACCUGGCCGAAUGUAUGAAGGAGAAUUUUAUCGAUGAAUUGGAAUCGCUGGACUUUAGAAAUAAGGCCGAAGAGGGGCGCAAGGAGAUUAACAAUUGGAUUGCCAAUAUAACACGCAAUGAAAUUCCCGAAAUGUUAAGCCCCGGCGAUGUCAGCAGUGAAAGUCAAAUGGUUUUGGCCAAUGCUGCCUACUUUAAGGGACAAUGGUCGGAUAAGUUUGAUGCCAAUGAUACCACCCAAGAGAUUUUCUACACCACACCCAGCCAACAUUCGUUUGUGUCUAUGAUGCAUAAACGUGGCACUUUCAAUAUGGCCGUUGAUGACAAUUUGGGAGCGUAUGUUUUGCAAAUGCCCUAUUUGACCUCGCAGGAUGAGGAAGCAGAUUCUGAGAUAUCCAUGAUUAUCAUAUUGCCUCCCUUCAUAGAGGGUGCCUUGGAGAAUGUUUUGACCAAAUUGAAGCCAGAAUCAUUGGAGAAUGCUUUGAAAAAUGCCUCACCCAAGGAGAUUGACAUCUCAUUGCCGAAAUUUGAAUUUGAACAGAAUUUGGAAUUGGUGCCGAUCUUGCGUAAAUUGGGCAUUAACACUUUGUUCGAUCACAGCGCCGAUUUACGUGGCUUCUCCGCCGAAACAAAUCUGAUGUUUGGCGAUGCCAAACAUGUGGCCAAAAUCAAGGUGGAUGAGGAGGGAAGUACCGCUGCUGCCGCCACUGUUGUCUUCAGUUUCCGUUCUUCACGUCCUGUGGAGCCCACCAAAUUAGAGUGCAAUCAUCCUUUCAUGUUCCUGAUCUAUGACAGCAAAGUCAAUGCUGUUCUCUUCACUGGCAUCUAUCGUGAUCCCAAAACACAAAAGUGAAUAGACAAACACACACACACACACAUACACAACUCUUAAGGCAAUUAGGACCAGAGAGAAAUUCUCAAUUGCUUAUGUCAACUGAUUGAGUUGAAUUUCUCUUAGUGUUGGUUACCCCCUACUCUCUUGACAUUUAUUUUUUGUAUGUAUACAUAUUUCAAUUUAAAUCGUUGCCCUACCUAUCUCUGACUCUUAUUUUUUACUAUUUUAUUGUUUUUAUUUAAUUUUAUUUAAUAAUUUAAUAUGUUUUUAUUUUGUCAAUAUAAAUUAUAAAAAAAAACCAUGAUUAUUAGGGUAAUUUAUAUAACAAAAACAAAAAAAAACAAACCAAAUAAAUGAAUGACAAUCAUA